GCCAAUAGCGGAGGGGCCACAGUGCACUUUUCCCGCUCUCCCCGAGUCCCAUCGGUACCAAACAAUCUCGCGGGAGGAGCGAAACCAUUCACGAAAUCUCCUCGACACCAUUACCAACCAACCAACCACUCUUCGUAUCCUCUCUCUUUCUCUCUCUCUCUCUCUCUCUCUCUCUCUCUCUCUCUCCUUCGCCUCCGACGAUGCACCGCUCCUCGAGCGCCGCGCGCACGUCCGACGAGUACUCCUCCCCCGCCGCCGCCGCCGCGGCGGCGGCGGCGAAGGGCGGCGGAGGCGGCGGGUCCUUCGCGGUGUCAGAUCAACUCCCCACCUACGAUCCCCGAUCCCACGCGGGGAGGAAGGAGGCGGCGCGCGCGAGGUUCGCCGAGGACGCCGUCCACGCCAUCCCCGUCGUCCUCGUCCUCUGCGCCUUCCUCCUCUGGCUCUCCUCCGACCCCGAAGUUGUUAUGGUGAAUAAAGAUCAUCCUGUUGUUGCCAGAAUCAAGAAUAUGACGAACAAUUGAUGCGUACGAUGACACUCCAUCUUAGCACUUAAUAAAGGAAUUGAUCAGAAUGUUUUUGAAGAAGCGAGAAUAGCUUUGCGAGUGAAGGACCAGAAUAAGGGAUCUCUACUUCUUUUUCGGAGAAGAGUACAACCAACUACUAGCCUAUCUUUUUUAUCUUGGUACAUAUAAUUCUUUCGAGUAACUCCAUUUAUUUGAUUCCGUUUUGCAAGUAAGUUCAGUGUUAUUUUCUUUGGCAUUUUUUAUUUUUAUGAAUAUUGAGACUGGAGCAAUAUUGUCUUCUAACUUGGAUGCUCUUUCCAUCAUUUGGAAUAGAAAUUUGUUGAUGCAAAUAGAAACCUAUUGAUACUGAAUAAAUCUCCUCUCCCUCGGUGCAAAAUUUCUAGCUUCGAUGAA